AUGGUUGGCGAGGAGGAGAGCCCUCCGGGCGGAGGGAUGGCGACCACUCUGGCGGUUGGUGAGGAGGAGGGCCCUCCGCCGGCAGGCUGCAAGGAGGGCGACCACGUGCCCUGUCCUGGCUCUGGCAACAUGUGCGCCGGAAACCAGUGCUGCCCUCGCACCGCGGAGUCGGGCGGCAAGACGUUCCCGUGCCCGUCGGCCGCAGACAGCUUCGCCGGCUGUGAGAACAAUACGAAGCUGGGCACCUGCCUUCCCGGCGGAGUGACGGCGACCUCUCUGAUGGUUGGCGCGGAGCAGGGCUCUCCGGGCGGAGGGACGCCGACCACUCGGAUGGUUGGCGAGGAGGAAGGCCCUACGGCGACCACUCUGAUGGUUGGUGAGGAGGAGAGCCCUACGGCGACCACUCUGAUGGUUGGCGAGGAGGAGAGCCCUAUGGCGACCACUCUGAUGGUUGGUGAGGAGGAGAGCCCUCCGGGCGGAGGGACGGCGACCACUUUGAUGGUUGGCGAGGAGGAGGGCCCGACGGCGACCACUCUGGCGGUUGGCGAGGAGGAGGGCCCUACGGCGACCACUCUGAUGGUUGGUGAGGAGGAGGGCCCUACGGCGACCACUCUGAUGGUUGGCGAGGAGGAGAGCCCUCCGGGCGGAGGGAUGGCGACCACUCUGGCGGUUGGUGAGGAGGAGGGCCCUCCGCCGGCAGGCUGCAAGGAGGGCGACAACGUGCCCUGUCCCGGCUCUGGCAACAUGUGCGCCGGAAACCAGUGCUGCCCUGGCACCGCGGAGUCGGGCGGCAAGACGUUCCCGUGCCCGUCGGCCGCAGACAGCUUCGCCGACUGUGAGAACAAUACGAAGCUGGGCACCUGCCCUCCCGGCGGAGGGACGGCGACCACUCUGAUGGUUGGCGAGGAGGUCUAUCUAGCGGCCUGCGGCAAGUCCCGCCACUGUGUCAGCGCAGCAUUCCGGGUUGCGACAAUUCGAAGGGGCGGGGCACGGUGGCGGAUUCUGCGUUGGGCCAGGCCUCCGAGGCGAUUGCUCGUCGCGGCGUGCCCGCGGGCGCUGCUGGCCCGCCGCAGCGGCUGCCGCCAGCGAGUGCGAGCGCGGCGGGGGGGCAGUGCACCGUCUUGGUUGCCGGCGGCGAGGCCGACUACAACCUGCAGUCGCUGUUGCAGCGCCUCGAGGGCUCCGAGGGCAGGUGUCAGGUGGUGUGUCUGCUCGUCAGCGGGGCGAAGGGCAGUCCGCAGGUGGCGUGGGAUCUGGAGACCGACAGCCUCACGGUCGAUGGAACUCCAGUGA